AUCAGUAUCUUUCCCCCUUCCCUUCUCUCUUUCUCUCUGCGUAUUCAUUUUUCCGCCAUUAAAAUACUCUGAAGAAAGAUCAGAGAGACAACAUAGGACGAUGGAAGAGAGCCUGGUGAUGAAGAAAACAGAAAGAGACAAUAAUUCUAGAAGCUUCCGGCUGCUCACAUGGAGGACCUUCAAGGAAGAAGUGAAGAUCAUUGGUUACAUCGCGGGACCCAUGAUUCCUGUUCUCUCUUCUCAAUUUCUGAUUCAGGUUGUCUCGAUUAUGAUGGUUGGUCACCUGGGUGAGCUUUCUCUCUCUAGCACAUCCUUGGCUAUCUCUCUCUCUGGCGUCACUGGCUUCAGCUUUCUUUUGGGAUUGGCAAGUGGACUAGAAACCUUGUGUGGACAAGCUUAUGGAGCUCAGCAAUAUCAGAAGCUUGGAACUCUAACAUACACUGCCAUAUCCUCUCUCAUACUAGUUUCUGUCCCACUGUCUCUCAUUUGGAUCAACAUGGAAGCAAUCCUGGUCUUCAUAGGCCAAGAUCCUCUUAUAUCACAUGAAGCAGCCAAGUUCAUAAUCUGGCUUAUUCCUGCACUUUUUGGAUUUGCAGUUUUGCAGCCUCUGAUUAGAUAUUACCAAAUGCAAAGCCUGGUUCUUCCCAUGCUGAUCAGUUCUUGUGUCUCUCUUCUUCUCCAUGUGCCUCUUUGUUGGGCUCUGGUGUUCAAGUCUGGGCUUCACAAUGUUGGUGCUGCACUGGCCAUUAGUAUUUCAAUAUGGGAAAAUGUGAUUAUUCUUUGGUUAUAUAUGAGAUUCUCUUCUUCUUGUGCUAAGACUAGAGCUCCUAUCUCUAUGGAGCUUUUCAAAGCUAUUGGAGAGUUCUUUAGAUUUGCUGUCCCUUCUGCAGUUAUGAUAUGCUUAGAAUGGUGGUCAUUUGAGCUUCUGAUCUUGCUAUCUGGGCUAUUACCAAAUCCACAGCUUGAAACUUCAGUUCUAUCUAUUUGCCUUAACACCAUUUCCACUCUAUAUUGUAUUCCCUAUGGAAUUGGUGCAGCAGCAAGUACAAGGAUUUCAAAUGAAUUAGGAGCUGGGAAUCCAGAUGUUGCAAGAGUAUCUGUAGUGGUUACAAUGUGUAUUGCAGUGUUGGAGACAACAAUUGUAAGCACAACACUUUUUGCCUGUCGCCAUGUUUAUGGCUACACUUUCAGUAAUGAGAAGGAAGUUAUUGAUUAUGUCACUUUCAUGGCUCCUCUAGUUUGUCUCUCCGUUAUUCUCGACAGCAUACAAGGUGUUCUCUCAGGGAUUGCUAGAGGUUGUGGGUGGCAGCACAUAGGGGCUUACAUUAACUUAGGAGCCUUUUACUUGUGUGGGAUCCCACUGGCUGCUACAUUGAGUUUUUGGGCAAAGUUGAGAGGAAAAGGCCUUUGGAUUGGCAUUCAAUUUGGCUCUUUUGUGCAAACUGUUCUACUUGCCAUCAUAACAUGUCGUAUAAACUGGGAACAACAGGCUAGGGAUGCCAGAAGAAGGUUAUGUGAUGAAUCAUUCUUACUGGAGAACGGACUCAUAUGAGCGCACAACUACUAGCCAGGGGCAAAUUUCCAUAGCCCAUAUUGAGUGACUUGUUAACGUUAAUUAGUUUGGGUUUGGAUCUUCUGAACUUGAAAAUUUUUAAAGUAUCUAUUAUAAUAAAGUAUCUAUUAUAAAAAAA